UCCCCUUUCUCCCCAAAACCCUAGAACGGUGACUCCAGCAAGUACAGCGACUCCGGCUAGGGUGGUUGCAGUUGGACUGGGCGGCCGGCGAAGUCGGCGCGCUCCAAGGCGGCGAGGGCAGCGUGUGCAACCUCACCAACGGUGACGAGGCCGGCAAGUUCUACAGCAACCAUUGUGACGUAUUGCAAGGCAGCUGGGAUGAACUAGGGUUGAAGAGACCGGGCAUUCGAGGACAAUUUAACCAUGAGUGCAAUGGAUCCUCUCGAGUAUUUGCCUGUUAGAUUUCACUUUGGUGGGGAAUUCAUUAACAAUGCGAGGGAAACUUUAUAUGCUGGUGGAUCUGAGGGCAUGUCUUACAUUGAAUGGGAUAAAAUUUCGUUGCCUGAGUUAAUUGGGUAUCUAAAAGAUCACUGUGAAGUGCUCCCUGGUAUGUUUUUGCACUGGCUUUUUCCUGGCAAAGAAUUGGCAGAUGGGCUAAGGGUGUUGAUCGAUGAUAAAGUAUGUGAUUACAUGUCAAGGUGUGUUGUGGAAGGAGGAGUCGCUGAAAUAUAUGUAGAGGCAGUAGUGGGAGGGGAGUCCAAUGAGUCUGGUAGCAGUGAUGACAGUGACUUUGAAGAUGAAUUGGAGGAAAUGUCAACUGCCGAUGAAGAAUGGGAAAAUUUAAAAGAUGAUGAUGUGUUUGAAUUACGUACUGGGAAGCCUAUUCUUGUUAUUCAAUCCACACCAGAGAAGACAAAAGGUGAUUUAGAUAGAUUGAGAGCUUGGAGGUCCCCAAGCCCAAAGGAUAAGGGGAAAGGUGUGGUAGUAUGUAAAGAGAGGGUGAAGAGUGCUGAAUUGUCUGGGUCUGACAGUGAUUACAUUGGUGGGGACUCUUGUUCAUCAGGAGAAGAUAAAGAAGUUGAGGAAAUUAUGAGGGCAUACAAGGAGUUUAAGAAGAAGUUAAAUGAUGGUGAGGUAGGAAAUUUGGAUGAUGUGAUCUAUAUGGGCUCUUCGAGAUAGUUUAAUGAUAGAGCAUUGGUUCAGAUGGAGGGUGAGGAAAAUAAUAGCCCAUAUGAAAAUAGCAGUGCAGAUGGUGAUUCAUAUGAGGAGGAUUCAGAUGGACAGUUGGUCAGAAAGGAGUCUAAAUACCCUAGGUUUAAUGCCAACCAGACCCAUGUUAGGCUUGCUCUUGGGAUGAAAUUUGAUGGGAAAAAAGAGUUUAAGGAGGCAGUGGUACAACUAGCCUUGGAAAAUAAAAGAUUCAUAAGGUUCCCCAAAGAUGAAGGGUAUAGGGUAAGGGGUAAGUGUGACUGGGCAACCUGUCCAUGGAGUUGUUUGCUAUCAAAGAACAGCAGAACAAAUAGUUGGCAAAUAACAAGUCUUGUUGAUGAGCACACUUGUCCUCCAAGGAAAGAUAACCACCUAGUCACAUACAAGAGAAUAGCUGAGAAAUAUGAGAAGAUGAUUAUAGAUAACCCAACUUGGAGUAUUCAGAGCAUGCAGUCAACUGUCUCUGAGCAAAUGUUUGCAAAUGUUAGUGCAUCUCAGUGCAAGAGAGCAAAGGCAUAUGCCCUGAAGAAGAUUUAUGAGUCAAAAAGGGAUGAAUACUCUAGAAUCUUUGACUAUCAAUUGGAGUUGUUGAGAAGUAAUCCUGGGAGUACAGUUGUUGUCAAGCUUGAUACUGACCAACCAAACCCAGUCUUCAAAAGGAUAUAUGUUUGCCUAGCUGCUUGCAAAAAUGGGUUCCUAAUGGGAUGUAGAAAGGUUGUAGGUUUGGAUGGCUGUUUUUUCAAAGGUUCAAGUAACGGGGAGCUAUUAUGUGUUGUUGGUAGAGAUGCCAACAACUCCAUGUACCCAAUAGGAUGGGCUGUGGUGGAGAAGGAAACAAAUGACUCAUGGGAUUGGUUCUGUGAUUUGCUCUGCAAAGACUUGGCAGUUGGUGAUGGUGAUGACUGGGUGUUUAUCUCAGACCAGCAGAAGGGUAUUGUAAAUGCAGUUCAGAACUGGGCUCCAAGUGCUGAGCACAGAAAUUGUGCAAGGCAUAUUUAUGCCAACUGGAAGAAGAAAUUCAGCAAGAAGCAAUGACAGAAGAAGUUCUGGAGGUGUGCCAAAGCUCCAAAUGUCAUGCUCUUCAACCUAGCUAAGGCAAAACUGGCACAAGAGACAGUUGAAGGUGCAAGGGCCAUCAUGAACACAGAUCCAAGGCACUGGAGCAGGGCCUGGUUCAGGUUUGGAUCAAACUAUGAUUCUGUAGACAAUAAUAUUUGUGAGACAUUCAACAAAUGGAUAGUUCAGGCUAGGUUCCUACCCAUUAUUAGCAUGUUGGAAGCUAUUAGAAGGAAGGUGAUGGUUAGGAUACAUGAGAAAAGAUCGUUGAUGGAGAAGUGGGUAGGAUCAAUUUGUCCAAACAUACAUAAGAAACUGAAUGCAUACAUCGUCGAUUCAGGAAACUGUCAUGCAAUCUGCAAUGGGAUGGACAAGUUUGAGGUUACUCAUCUCACUCAUAGGUUCAUAGUUGAUCUUGAAAGAAAAACUUGUUCAUGCAGAUAUUGGGAGUUGGGUGGGCUUCCAUGUUGCCAUGCAAUAGCCUGCAUACACUUUAGAACCAACUGCAUAGACAGUUAUAUUGCACCUUGCUACUCCAUAUAUUCUUUCAAAAAGACCUACAGCUUUGCUUUGGAACCAGUUCAGGGAAUGGAAAGCUGGCCUACAUCUGAUAGGCCAAGGCCACAUGCUCCAGGUUAUGUUAGAAUGCUAGGAAGGCCGUCCAAGAAAGAAAGGAGAAGAGAGCCACAUGAAAAGGCCAAAGCUACAAGGGUGUCAAGGGUUGGGUCAGUGAUGACUUGCAGGUUGUGCAAACUGCCUGGGCACAACAAGGCUUCAUGCCACAAGAGGUCAAAACAGCAGCAAGACAAUGUGCAGGCUCAAGGAUCUCAGCCAAUCUCUUCACAGGCCCAGGCUCAAGGAUCUCUGCCAAUCUCAGAAAAGGCUUCAUCAUCUGGAAAGAGAAAGGCUUCUUCAUCUACAAGGGCAGCUGGAAUGGUUGGGGUCAAGCAACCAAGACAGAAGUUGGAAGUUAGGAGAUCUCCUUGGCUUAAAAGAGGAUGAAUAUGACAAAUUGUUCGUAAUACUUUUGGACAUGCUUAGUGGAAUAUAAAUAGGCAGAAGAUCACCACCUUUUGUAGAGAAACAUGUGGUAUGAAACUUUUGUGUGACUCUAAAGUUAGAACUACUUGUUAGAAACAAUAUGUGUCAUUUACUGCCACCACUAGAUGAUGUAAUCAAAGAUAAUGGAUCAACAUGUGCCAAUAUAUGUGAUCAAGCUUUUGUUCUCUCCAAUAAUUACAACUGCCAUUAUAUGACAAUUAUUCCAUACUGAU